AUGGUUGGUGGACGAAAAAGGCCAGAUAUACAUAAACAAAAAUCUCAUUGCUUUUGUUGGUUUGCUGUCUCAAUUUACAUUCAUAACUCAAUGGCAAAGGAAGUGGCUAACCCAGAUGAGGAGGUUGUUCUUGGUGAACAAAUAGGCAAUGUGAGAUUGAUCACCUUGAACCGCCCUCGUCAGUUGAAUGUAAUUUCCUCUAAAGUGGUUUCAUUGCUUGCAGAAUACCUGGAAAAAUGGGAAAAAGAUGACACAGCAGAGAUUGUGAUUAUCAAGGGAGCUGGCCGUGCAUUUUCUGCUGGUGGCGAUUUGAAAAUGUUCUAUGAUGGCAGGAAUAUUAAGGAUUCCUGUCUUGAAGUAGUCUAUAGAAUGUACUGGCUUUGCUACCACAUCCAUACCUAUAAGAAAACCCAGGUUGCUCUUGUUCAUGGAAUUUCCAUGGGCGGAGGUGCAUCUUUCAUGGUUCCAAUGAAGUUCUCAGUCGUCACAGAGAAGACUGUCUUUUCCACUCCAGAAGCAAGUAUUGGGUUUCACACUGACUGUGGUUUCUCAUAUAUGCUCUCCCGUCUCCCUGGGUGCCUAGGGGAAUUUUUGGCCUUAACAGGAGCAAGGCUGAAUGGUAAGGAACUGGUUGCUAUGGGACUAGCGACUCAUUUUGUUCCUUCUGAUAAAUUGCCCGAGCUAGAGAAGCGUUUGAUAAGCUUAAACACUGGUGAUGAGAAUGCAGUCAAAUCUACAAUUGAGGAAUUCUCUGUUAGUGUUCAGACUGACGAAGAAAGUAUCUUAAACAAACCAAUACAAUUUUUGGUUCACUUGCAGGCAAUUAAUAAUAGACCAGUGCUUUUCCAAGGGUUCUGUGGAAGAGAUCAUAAAAUCACUUGUAAGUUUAUGGAAGCUGAGGCAAGCAAAGAAGGAAAUGCUUGGAUUGCUCCUGUGUUCAAAGGCUUAACGAGAUCAUCCCCCACAGGAUUAAAGAUAACUCUAAGAUCGGAAACUCAGAUAGGUUUUUAUGUUUUAUAUGGUGGAGUCAGGGUAUCGAUUCCAGAAGGGUCACUUCAAGAAGUGCUAUUUGAUGAAGCAGCUGCAAACUAUCAUUGA